AUGAAGGUAUCAACUGACAAUGAAGCCGGCGUACAUAACCGCGACGUAGCAGACCACCACGAGCUCGUCGAAAUGGCUUCAAACAACGCUUCCGACGAACACGACGCGCUCCCAGCGUCAGACGAAGACAACGCGUCCUCGCAACCAGGCUCCUCCCUUCCACACGAGAUCAGGACGUUCGCAUCUCAACACAACCUGGAAAACAAACUCGACGUCCUCACUCAAGCCCACCAUCUCCUCCACUCUGGCCGGCCCAGAAACGGUAAUCUCGCACUUCCACUCACACCCCCCAACCUCACCGCCCUCAAAACCGAACCCACUUCAAAAUGGUCCCAACCCUUCCUCCUCUACCUCUGCAUCACCGCCACAGCCCUCGGCGCAAUUGGCCAAGGAUGGGUGCAGACGGGGAUCAACGGUGCGAACCUCUACUGGCCGGAGGCGCUGCGUGUGGGCUCGGAGAGUGCGAGGGAUAGGCUUGUUGUUGGAAUCAUCAACAGUGGGAUUUACCUAAGUAAUGCACUUCUUGGGUCGUGGCUUGUUGCGCCUUUGAAUCAGAAAUUGGGGAGGCGGGGCGCGGUGUUUGCUGGCGCGGUGGUUUCGUUGGUGUUUAAUGGGGCGAGUUCGGGAGCGGGGGAUUGGGUGGUGUUGUUGGGGUGUCGGUUGGCUUUGGGGAUUGGGUUGGGGGUCGUGAAUAGUACGCUCAAUAUCUUCGCAGCUGAGUGUGCGCCUGCUGCGAUUCGGGGUGGAUUGGGAGUGGCGUGGCAGAUGUUUACGGCGUUUGGGAUCUUCCUCGGGUUUCUGACGAAUAUGCUUGUGGACAAUGCGCCAGGGGUGUCGGAAUCCCUGAGGUGGAGGUUGAUGCUCCUUGCGCCGGCUUUACCGACGAUACCGUUGCUGGCGUUGAUCUUCAUGUGUCCGGAGUCGCCUUCAUAUUGGAUCAAGCAAUCUGGUGGGUAUGAUAAAGCGUUCCAGUCGCUGUGUAGGUUGCGCAAUACUGAAUUGCAGGCUGCGCGAGAUUUGCUUGUGUAUUACCAGGAGCAGCAGCAGCUUCCCACAGCAUCCGAGGAGUCUCCUUAUCUCAGGACGCUGGCAGAACUGUUCACGAUGCCGAGGGUCAGGCGAGCCACAAUCGCAGCUUACAGCACUAUGCUCACACAGCAGCUUUGCGGGAUCAACAUUGUCGCCUUUUACAGCAGUACAAUCUUCCUCGAAGCGAAGUUUACACCGUAUGCAGCUGAAAUGGCCAGCACAAUCUUUGGUCUGGUCAACUUCCUUGGGGCAAUUCCUGCCAUCUGGACCAUGGACUCCCUGGGCCGUCGCUCACUGCUUCUGCUCACCUUGCCAUUGAUGGCUGUCUCAAUGGGUGUAGCAGGACUCAGCUUCAGCAUUACAGACGACACCGUCAGAUUUGGCAUGAUCACAUCGAUGAUCUACCUGUUCUGCUUACUGUACAGUCCGGGUAUGGGUCCUGUACCAGCUGCCUAUUCGGCGGAGGUCUUUCCACUGUCACACCGGGAGCUGGGCACGUCAUCAGCUGUAGCGGUUACGACCCUGUUCGCGGCUGUCUUGUCCUUGACCUUUCCGACAUUGCUGAGUAUGCUGGGCACUCAAGGCAGCUUCCUGGUCUAUGCACUAGGCAACAUGGUCGGCUGGGUCUUGGUGUUGUUAUUUGUCAGAGAGAGCAAGAUGAGGACACUGGAACAGCUCGAUGAAGUGUUCUCUGUACCUGAAAGGCGGUUCAUCGAGUAUCAGCUGAAGGAAGUGGUGCCGUGGUGGAUGAAGAGAUAUGUCCUCAUGCAGAAGAACGCGGACCCGCCACAAGCUUUAGUCUCGACACAGUAUAGCGCACUCAAUCAAGACGACGACUAA